AUGGACAUUGCAAAAAAGACUGGAACGAAUGACACCACCUCCCCUAUGCCCAGCUUCAACGAACGGGUGUGGCGGAGUCACCUCGAAGCGGGCGAAUCCUCAUCCAGCCUGGCCCUGACCUCCCUGUCGGCUCGGGAGGGCGACCGGCAGGCAGCGCUCGCAGGGGGCAGGGACUCCGCCCAGGACCUGAAUGCCGACACCCUGUGGGCCAAGAUCCAGGAGGAGGCCGCCGAGCUGUCAAAGUCCGAGCCCCUCAUCGCCAGCAAGCUGGGGAUGACGGUGGUGACGCACCCCAGCCUGUCCAAGUCGCUGGCGUUUCUGCUUUCCAACAAGCUGGCCAACGAGACGCUGCUGGGCACCCAGCUGGUGCACCUCUUCAUGGACGCCUACGCCGACGACGCGGGCCUGCUGGCGUCUGGCGUGGCAGACCUGCACGCCGUCAUGGAGCGCGACCCCGCCUGCGACACCUAUGUCCAGUGCCUGCUCUUCUACAAGGGCUUCCAGGCGGUGCAGAGCUACCGCCUGGGCCACUGGCUGUGGAAGAAGGGGCGGCACACCCUGGCCCUGGCCAUCCAGAGCCGCAUGGCCGAGGUGUUCACCGUGGACAUCCACCCCGCCGCCCGGCUGGGCCAGGGCCUCCUCUUCGACCACGCCACGGGCAUUGUCAUCGGCGAGACGGCGGUGGUGGGCGACAACGUGUCCAUGCUGCACCAUGUGACUCUGGGGGGGUCGGGGACGGGGCGCGGCAGACGGCACCCCACCAUAGGCAACGGGACGCUAUUGGGCGCCGGGGUCUCGGUCCUCGGGCCCAUCAUCGUGGGCGCCAACUGCAAGAUUGGGGCCGGCUCCGUCGUCCUCACAGACCUGCCGCCCUCCACUGUGGCAGUCGGCGUGCCGGCCAAGAUCAUUAAGCAGCUGGACUCCUCAGUGCUUCCCAGGGCAUCCAUGGAGCAGUAA